GUCAAAAACAAAAAUAUAACCUUCCCGCAAUAGACACUGAUUUUCACGUGUUAUAGUUUGUUUUAUUCAAAUUUAAUGUAAUUUCAAGUCAAAAUGAAGCAUAAAAGAUUUGAGGAGAAUAUUUUAGUCGACGAAGCUUAUACCAAUUAUGGUAAAGUUGACAAAAAUGCUGACAAUAAAAAGGGUUCUGGAAUAGCAAAACAUUUCGCUGAAUCUAUUGAAUAUGAGGAUAAAAAGAAAUGGUAUCAUCAGUUGCCGGAAGAACCAACUACAAUAACAAAGACCUUAACACCAGAACAGGUGGAGGAAAUGAGAAAAGAGGCCAACAGCGCUCUGCAUGGAGACACCCUAGCUUAUGAGACAAAAACAAACAGGAGUGGCUCAUCGGAUCACCAGUGGGCAAAGACGCUUCUGAACAAAGGUGCGAUUGGGGACAGGGUUGCGGCCGCUACGAUUUUGAUACAGGACAAUCCAGUGUACAAUUUGACAGCGUUGAGGAAUUUGAUCAACAGUGUUAAACCUGCGAAGAAAAAGGACGGCAUUAUUGUUAUUGACGCCCUUUCAGAACUACUAAUAUCAGACCUACUCAUUCCGGAUGUGAAACUGAGAACGUUUGAUCAACAUCCACUUGGCCACGUGGAUGACAUGACUUCUGGUAAUAAACAGCAGAGGAGGAAUAUUUUGAAGCUGUGGUAUUAUGAAGAUCAGCUCAAGGAAUUGUAUGGGACGUACGUGGAAGCCCUGAACAAGUUCGGACACGACUCGGUCGAUGCUAACAAAGAGAAAGCCGUCAGCGCCAUGUCUUAUCUUCUGAUGCACCAUCCGGAGAGAGAAAAGAUGCUGCUAACGAACAUUAUCAACAAACUCGGCGACCCAUCCCAGUCUGUCUCGUCCAAAGUCACUUACCAUCUCUGCCAACUUUUGUACAACCAUCCCAAUAUGAAGGGUGUUGUUUUGGCCGAAAUCGAGAAAAUGCUGUUCAGGUCCAACAUAUCGCCUCGAGCACAAUAUUACGGCGUUUGCUUUCUGAACCAGUUUUUCCUGGGCAAAGAUGAUUCCAGGGUCGCGGAGAAUCUUAUAAGGAUAUACUUUUCGUUCUUCAAAGCUUCCAUCAAAAAGGGUGAUAUCGACUCGCGUCUAAUGUCCGCUAUACUGACGGGUGUCAAACGCGCUUACCCCUUCGCAGACAAGGACAGAGUGUCUGAAACUCCUGCGCAUAUAGACGCCAUACACAAAUUGGUGCAUUUGUCCGGUACUAACAUAGCGAUACACGCUCUGGCUUUGCUUUUUCAUAUCAGUGACGCGUCCAAAGGGACUUCAGAUCGCUAUUACACCGCCCUCUACCGCAAAUUGUCCAACCCUGAUAUCUUCAACACGACCCACUCGGCUCUGUUCUUCUCGCUCAUUUACAAAUCGUUGAAGCAGGACAACAAUAUUAACAGAGUUUGCGCUUUUAUAAAAAGAUUGUUGGCGCAGUGUUGCUAUUCGCCGCCCGGGCAGGCGAGCGGCGCUAUGUUUUUGAUAUCGCAAGUUUUAAAAGGCGCAGACAAGAAGGAAGCUGUUAAAUUGGUUUGGAGCAAAAAGGUGAUUAAGGAGGAAGUAAAAGAAGAAACGGAGAUUACAGAAGUUGAAAACGGCGAGGGCAUAGACAAAGAUGACGUAAUAGAGACGGUGAAUGAUACCAUAGACACGACGGUAGUAGAGAAGGCGGAACAGAAGAGAGUUGAUUUGCUUCGAGGCGACAAAAGAGAUCUGUUGAUGGAUGACGAUGACGAUGAGACGUAUGUGGACUUGAAAAUCGACGAUCAAGGGAACAUCAAGCCAAGGAAACGUAAAAGCGAAGCGGUCGCGGGAUGGUACCACGCUAAAGUCAAAGUUGAGAGUGAGACGGGUGAUAAGCAGGAGAAAGAGAAAGAUGCCAAGAUACAGUUGAAGAAGACUGUCAAUUUGGACAGGGUAAUAACAGAACACAACCCUUACGCCCGCAACCCCUCGUUCUCGGGCGCUCAUUGCUCGGCUUACCUCGAACUCAUCGCUCUGUCCAGACAUUUCCAUCCUACGGUCAGGUUGUUCGCUGAGAGAUUGCUCAAUGAGCAAAUAAUCCAGUACAGCGGUGAUCCGUUGAAGGAUUUCUCCGGUAUACGUUUCUUAGACCGGUUCGUGUUCAAGAAUCCGAAGAAACGGGCGGAGAAUAACGAGGAAGGUGACGUGAAGAAGGUGAAGGGUUCGCAUCCGAAAUUCGCAGUGAGGAAGAAUUAUACUGCUAAAGGUCUAAGAAGUAUACCAGUGAACUCGUCUACGUAUCUGAAUGAAGAUGUCAAGAAAAUACCCGUUGACGAGAAGUUCUUAUACGAUUUCCUGAAGAAACGCCGCGAGGUCCAAGGUUCAGACGGCGAGGACAGUGACAAUGAGUCGGUGACGAGCGAAGAUUUCGAGCAAUACUUGGACAGUAUGACCGGCAAGACACAUUUGGAAUCUGAUGAAGAAUUGGACUAUUUGGCUGAAAUGGAGUCUUCGAAGAGCAAACGCGGGUCAAAGAAGACAGAUGACGCGGCCAGCGAUGAUGGCACUGGUGAUGAUGAUGAUGAUGACGAUGACGGUGAUGGUGGAGACAUUGGUGAUGACGGAGGAAGCGAUGAAGAUGGUGAACUAAAUAUCUCCGCAGAUGAAGAGGAACCGGCCCUGUCUGCUGAUGAGGACGAACUGAUGCUCGAGGGGAGCGAUGAUGAGGAACAGAUUGACGUGCCGGGCAAGAAGGGUAAAGGCAAGAUGAAGCUUAAAUUGAAAGGAAGCGACGACUUAGGCUCGCUAUUCGCAUCAGCAGAAGAAUUCUCAACUCUAUUAGAGGAGACGGCGACGAACAAGAAACAAGGCUCUGUCCACGCCGUAGCGAACACGGACAACGCUAGUAGCAAGCAAUUAGCGUGGGAAGAUAAGCGGGACAGGUGGAUUAAGGGUUAUAACAGAAAUAUUCUAGGCAGAAAGGGACAGAAGAGAAAAGGCGGUAGAAUGGGGGGAGGGGGGAAGAAGAAGAAGUUUUAAGUUGUGAAUAAAUGCGAUUAUGUUGAUAAAUAUUUGUUUUACGUCAUCACGUCUACUUCCUUGCGGGGUAGACAGAGUCAACAGUCUUGAAAAUACUCAUAGGCCACGUUCAGUUGUUUUGUUUACUGAUAG